CUCCCGUGAUGCCUUGCGGUCUAUAGAGUACAUAGGCUCCUACUUGUUUUUAUUAGUUGCUGUGUUGGUCGCGUUGCCUUUUCAACUGUCUUUUAUUUCAUCUCGUAUGCGUGUGUUGUUGCUAACAGUCUAGGUUGUGGUGCCGGUGUGGCGAGCGAGCGAUCAAUAUUCUGUACUCAGAUUAUAAUUUUCUUCUGUGGUGAGGUAUAUUAGUGGUUAAACGAAUGGUCGUGGCGCCUAGACAACUGAACCAACAGGAAAACGUGUUCAAGGGCAACAUUCUAAUUUGAAAACACUGCCUUCAACAAUUCGGACAAAAGUGGAAUUUUGGUCUCUGCAGCCAAUCUACAGCUUGCAGUGCCCUUUAUCAUUCUAGUCACACAUUAGGUGGGAUUUAUAAUUUCUUUCGUAGGUCUAAAAACCAUUUUUGCACCACAUAUUUAAAAAGAAAAGAAUACAGAAACAAAUCUACCUUCAAAGAAAGGUAGAUUUUGUUUGAAAACUGAUCUGAUUUUCAUAAUUCCGACGUUAUUAUUUCUUUUUUUUUUUAGAACUCUUGAGUUGAAUUAUUUGGGUUAGAUAGCCAAACUCUUUAUAGUAGCUGAUAGAUUGAAGGUCUCUGUGGGGAUUCACUGGAUUACUUCGCCACAAAGAAAUUCAACUGUGAGGAGAUCUCAGCAAAGAUCCUACUUCACACAAGCGCCAUCUUGGAGCGACUGUGCGGAGAGGAUAUUAUCACUACGCCAAACAACGCCGAUCCAUCUCCCUCAGAGGACGGAUUUGUACUUUCACGUUGAAGGAAGUCGACACUCGAACCUUCCACCAUGUCGAGCGGGGUUGUCGCCAGCUAUAUGCUGGCCACCAGAAAAAGCCAGUACCACGACUCGUGUGUGCCCAAGCCCGUCAACCCCCCACCGGAACCCGCGGCGCCUGGGAAGCCCGCCAAAGACGGGGACUACAACAAAUGUGACGCCGUCACUCAGGACGUCAUCUGGAAGCAGAGUGUGCACACAGAGAGGAGGUGUCUCAAGAACUGGGGAGACAGCUGGGGGUUCAUAACAGACUACGAUGCGAAGGGCAACAUCAAGGAGAAGGAAGAGCUCCCGGAGAAGUCUGUCAUGUUCAGUGACGACAUCCCCAACACCAACUCCGGCAACUACGGACACCGCCUGGACACAGAGCCCGCCAAGGCCAUGCAGAGUCUCGAGUUCAAAUUCUUCAGUGAGGGCAGGCGCCGGAAGUUACCCUCUGACAUGAUAUGUUACUGAUUGGCGCUUUUGAAUGUUUCUUUUCUUUUUUUUUCAAAUUUAUAUUUUUAGUUUAUUUUGCACGUCUGCUUCAUUCUAAAUCGUAUAUUUUGUUUGUUUUGCUUUGCUUUUCUAUUUUCAGAAAAGGAGAGAGAAAAGGUCCGGGGUUGUUGAUCAAAAUAAGAAUGUUUCACAGCUUGAUAAUUUAAUAGUUCUUUCAGCACGUCUGCUUCUUUCUCCACUCGUUUUCUUUCGUUUUUGAGGGAAAUGAAGAAUGGCGUGGGUGAUGGUGGAAAUGGGAAGGGAAGGGUGUAAAUUGAAAAACAUGUCUGAAAGUUGCUUCAGACGAAGUUUUUGUUUUUUAAAUUAAUACGACGAGAUAGUCUGUUACAUUUUUAAAAAAAUUGAAAUUUUGCUGAAGGGGAGGGGGUUCUGCAUCAUGUUGAAGUGACGUAGAAAGUUUACCUGGGAGAUGUUAUGUUACUGGUGUGUGUUAUGUUCCUACGUCUGUUAGAUACGUUGUAUAUUUCUUUUAACAAAAGGAGAAAUAAGUAAGGGCUAUCUUUUUACAUGUCAAGAUAGCCAUAGGAAAUACGAGUUUUAGUAAAGACUUUUACAGCACUUGCUACACUACCUGGUCAUAUAAGAGCCACAAAUUAGAGGUGUUACUAGAGCGUAACAUACAAAUAAAUGAA